AUGGAAAACACGUCCAGGCUAGCCGUCUUCCUCCAGCCCCCAGCAAAGGUGCAGGUCGGUGGACAUCUACACCCGCCGUUUACGGUCGAGCUCUCCAAUGCUGGAGACGGCUCUCGAGGCACGUACGUGGGAAACGUCGUCGUUCUGCGCACGGUCGGAAACGAGGACGCCAGCAAGCUUGUACAAGGGAUAAAGAGCGUCUCUGGGCAACUCAAGCAUGGCUCCAGAGACAGCUACCUCUUUGCCUUUCCCGAGUUGCUGAUCUCAGGAGUGGGUGAAUUCCGUCUGCGCGCAGACAUUUACAGAUUUGAAAACGCCCUGGAGCUGGUCGGACAGGUGGAGAGCAACAGAAUCACCGUGGAUGGAAACACGGCGCCUCGUGCCAUGGCGAGUAAGUCAAGGGUCGCCAAAGGAAACGCGGGCCGGGACCGGCUCGAGCUCCACGAACGUCAGUCUAACCAUGGAGCUGUGGCAGACGGAGAGGAAGCGAGGAUGAACAUGGCCCGAGACGCCGGUGCGCCUGGAACGAAACACGGCGGCUAG